UCUCCCGCCCGUCCGUCGCAGCCGGCCGAGCCCCCUACUUCUGGCGCACUGUCUCCCUGCACCUCGGGCUGGUCGCUAUCUUCUGUCUUUGCUAUCCCUCCUGCUCCGAUGGCUCUCCUUUCGCGCCUCGGUGUCCCUUUCUGGUUUGGCUCUGUCCAGCCUCUCCUUUUUGCCCUUUUGCUUCCUCCCUCUGCAUUCGGUCUUUAGUUCCACUCCCUUCUCUCUUCCCCCGGGCUUGUCCUAGUCCAGGGCUUCUCCUCUGCUCCUCCUUCUCCCCUGCUCCCCGUGGGAGAAGCCCAUCCAACCAGCUUGGCCAGAGGAUCUUUCCCUCACCCGCAGCCCUCUCCAACCUGCCCCUGCCCCUGCCCUCUGGCUGGGACCCGAAUCCCUCUGCUUGCUUGCCUGCCUGGUCCCCGGGCUUGGGUGAGGGGAGUUGGGGAGGAGGAUGGGGAAAAGGCUGGCUGCACUCUAGAAGCAGAACACUCGGGUUCUCUCCUGCACUGAGAAUCAUCCUGAAGACCUGGAGGAAGGGAAAGCAGAUCCAGCAGCAGAUGUCUACGGUUGUGGAGCUGAACGUGGGGGGUGAGUUCCACACGACCACCCUGGGUACCCUGAGGAAAUUUCCGGGCUCAAAGUUGGCAGAGAUGUUCUCUAGCUCAGCCAAGGCCUCCAUGGAUGCAGAGGGCCGCUUCUUCAUCGACCGCCCCAGCACCUAUUUCAGACCCAUCCUGGACUACCUGCGCACUGGGCAAGUGCCCACACAGCACAUCCCUGAAGUGUACCGUGAGGCUCAGUUCUAUGAAAUCAAGCCUUUAGUCAAGCUGCUGGAGGACAUGCCGCAGAUCUUUGGUGAGCAGGUGUCUCGGAAGCAGUUUCUCCUGCAAGUGCCGGGCUAUGGCGAGAACCUGGAGCUCAUGGUGCGCCUGGCGCGUGCAGAGGCCAUAACAGCGCGGAAGUCCAGCGUGCUUGUGUGCCUGGUGGAAACGGAGGAGCAGGAUGCAUAUUAUUCAGAGGUCCUGUGUUUUCUGCAGGAUAAGAAGAUGUUCAAGUCCGUUGUCAAGUUUGGGCCCUGGAAGGCAGUCCUAGACAACAGUGACCUCAUGCACUGCCUGGAGAUGGACAUUAAGGCCCAGGGGUACAAGGUAUUCUCCAAGUUCUACCUGACGUACCCCACCAAAAGAAACGAAUUCCAUUUUAACAUUUAUUCAUUCACCUUCACCUGGUGGUGAUCCUCAGGAGCAGAGACCGUUACGAGUUCUGGCAUGGCUUAUGAAAUUAAAAGUUGCCAUCAAUGCCAUUUCCCUUUAAUUUCACAAAUAUCAGGCAAUUUCCAGGGUUGGUCUAGAGCCUUGCCCCUAAAUAUUGAUCUCCCAUUUAAGGACUUUCCCCUCUAUUGCAACUGACACCACUAUAUUUGCCUAGCAACUUGCAGCUGCUUCCUCUUCAAAGCCUCAUGUAUCUUUAAGAAUGUUUCAAUAAUGCGUUGGCAAGAGAUGUGGGAUGACAACAGGAACAUACAAGAUACUGUGAAUCUAGAUGUUCUGACCUAAAGAUGUAGUCUACCUAGCCCCAGCUUGUGGUCCAAUCCAUCUGUCUCUGGCAUGUGCCCUCAUGUAGCAGGUGCUUUGCUGAUCCCCUUUGUGAGAUGCUGUGGGUGCUAAAACCUCAGAGCUGUCCUCUUCUCUAGAGUGGAGGUUUUCAAAGUGCAUCAUCAGCAUUACCUGUGAACUUGCUGGAAAUACAAAUUCUCAGACCCCACCCCAGACCUACCGAAUCAGAAUUUCCAGGGGUUGGCACAGCAUUCUGAUUUACCAAACCCUCCAAGUGAUUUUGAUGUAUUCUAAUUUUGAGACCAUCUCUAGAAAAGAAUUGCUACCUCUUGUAUGGAGGUACAAAAGACUGACCUCUUACAUCGAGGAACUUCCUUUCCCAGAGCUCCUCAUGGAAUCAGGCUGAAGUCAGUCUUCUUCUGAGAGCACAUUCUUACUUAAUUUUUUUUUUUUUUUCCUGUUCUACGCUGCUUCCCUCACUCCCCUUCUCCUAAGAGCACUCCAUCAAUAAACCACUUGCAUGAGA